GCAGAGAGGGGGACGCGGAGACGCGCGUCGUACAGUCAAUAGCUUUAUUAGCAUAGCCGAGCAUACGCCACGAUACACAUGCUGGGGCAACGAACAGUGAAGACACUACAGACAGACCGGUCAAUACCGACAACUUAAAGGAUACAAUAAUGCCGAGCCGUCCACCCCGCGACUAGGCUGGACGGCUAGCGGUGCAUCUCUGAGAGACGCUGAGGGAAACGGCAGGGUAUCCUCCCAUUUCCACGUUUACAUUUGAGCCUGUCCUCACUCUCUGUUGUGUUUCUUUGGACAUGUCCUCGCUAAAUAUAGACUACGACGAAGACCAGAGAUGGGUUCCUACACACGUCCAGGUCACCGUUCUGCGGGGCAGGGGCUUGCGGGCGAAGGGCAAACACGGUACCAGCGACGUCUACACCAUUAUCCAGGUGGGCAAGGAGAAAUACUCCACUUGUGUUCUGGAAAAGACCACUGUUCCCGAAUGGAAGGAGGAAUGUUCUUUCGAGUUGUUACCGGGUGUUCUGGAGCAGGUUGGGGACGGGGGCGCAUACCCCCCCGGGAGCAGCGACUUGGUCCUGACGGUGAUGCACCGGGCGCUCAUGGGACUGGACGUGUUUCUGGGCCAAGCCGUGAUCCCUCUGGAUAAGGUGUUUCAGGACAGAAUAUGCAUGAAAAACGAGUGGUACAAGCUGAACUCCAAGACUGGGAAGAAGGAGAAGGAGCGAGGGGACAUUCAGGUGACGGUGCAGUUCACCAAGAACAACCUGACAGCCAGCAUGUACGACCUCUCCCUGGGUAAGGACAAGCCCCGGUCCACCUUCGGCAAGAUCAAGGACCGCAUCAAGGGCAAGAAGAGGAGCAGCAAGGACUCUGAUGAAGACUCCGCCUCCACUAUUGGGGGCGGCUACGGCCCCGUUUCCCGCAUGAGGAACCGGUUGCCGAGCGAUGGCGGCGGGGAGGAAGACUACGAGGACGAUGAAGGGGGGGAGGGGCGGAGGAGUAAGAUGAGGAACUUCUUCCUGCGAGGGAAACUGAGGAAGUCGUCCGAUACGAGGUCGAGCACGUCGCUAGGGUCGGAGAGUAGCGAGUCGUCGUCGAGGGGAGGGAGUCUCAGUCCCACCGCUGGGAUCUCUGUUGUGGUGUCUGACCUGUCUAACUCGCCUAGCAACAGCAGCAACUUCACAGCAGACAGCCCUGAUCAUACGGCAGAGUCGUCUCCCAAGCUGGCCUCCUAUACAUGUGAGUUCACUGACGAGUCUGGAGAGAUCAACAUCCCUGUGCCUCAGCCUGUCUGCAUCAAUGGAAGCCAUGUGUACAACACCACCUUGGACCCUUGCCCGGGGAACCCUGUAGUACCCUUAGAUCCUCUAGCCCUGGUGAAGAAGAACCUGCCUCUGUCCCAAUCCCUCCAGAACCUCAACCAGCGGAGAGAGGAGCUCCCUGUCCUCCUCCCUAAAGGUCCCGCUGCGGAUGGCCGGCGCUGGUCCUUUGACAAGGCAGGGAAGGAGGAGAAGGUGGCCAUCGCAGCGGCCCUGGAGCAGGCUGGCCAGGGGAUGGGCGAGGGGGCCAGGGAGGAGUCAGACAGAGACAGCCGGAGCAGGAACUGUCUGGAUGAGUCUGAACAGGCCUCGAACUCUGACUCUGGCCCGGGCGAGAAACACAAAGGAUGGUUUGGAUCAAAGGACAACCAUAACAAACCCAGCCCGGUGGUGUCACCUAGCUCAGGCUCUCACCUCAUCCCCCAUACCCCUGGUCUCACCCCCCUUACCCCUGGUCUGCUGUCCUGGGGCCCCCCUCACCUCCCUGUAGAUCCUAACUCACUGGGCACCCCACUCCAUCACACUAACCCCUUCAGCCCGUCUCCUCCCCUCAUGUCUCCCUCCAACCCGUUCCUCUCUCUCCUCCAGUGUAACCCUUUCUACGAGGAGGUCCUAGCUGACCAAGCUCUAAACCUUAACUCUGCCCAGCCCCAUCUGCCUCCCUGUUGUUCUAGCUUUACCUCCUAUAUCUCAGUAGCACCCCAAACCUGGUCUACCAACCCUAACCCCGUACCCAUCCUGCCCCCAACCCAAGACAGCCCAGUCACACCAGACUGCACUAACACUGGUAUGAAAAGAGCCUCCCUGAAACUUCCUCCAGAAGAGAAGAGCACCAACACUAAGGAUAAAGAAGAAGAAGAAGCAGUCACACCAGACUGCUCUAACGCUGGUAUGAAGGAACAAAGAGCCUCCCUGAAACUUCCUCCAGAAGAGAAGAGCGCCAACACUAAGGAUAAAGAAGAAGAAGAAGCAGUCACACCAGACUGCACUAACGCUGGUAUGUUGGAACAAAGAGCCUCCCUGAAACUUCCUCCAGAAGAGAAGAGCGCCAACACUAAGGAUAAAGAAGAAGAAGAAGCAGUCACACCAGACUGCACUAACGCUGGUAUGAAGGAACAAAGAGCCUCCCUGAAACUUCCUCCAGAAGAGAAGAGCGCCAACACUAAGGAUAAAGAAGAAGCAGUCAAAACGAGCCAGAGACCGCUCCAAAAGACUGAGACGGUGCCCUCUGCUAACUCUCCCCUCUGUGAGGAAGACAUGUCCUAUGCUAAGGCUGAGACUGCAUCAUUCUACUCUGCCACUGGCCCAGACAACAUGUCUGCUUUAGACUUGAUGGGGGAGUUCUCUGACGAUCGAUGCUGGGCCACUUGUGAUGAUGUCAUCCGGUCAGACACAAUAGAUCGAGCCACAUCCCAUCUGGGAGCCACCUGUGUUGUUAAAGAGAAGACCACAUCCCCUGAAGCAAGGAUAGACUGGCCAAUCGGCAUGGACUUAGAAUCAUAUAACUCAGCAGAACUUUCCAAUGCAAUUCUACACUCUGUCAGGUCUCAAGCUCACAGUUCACUAAAAACAGUUCAGUCCACUACUGGGACAUCUAGUGGUGAGAAGGUCAAUGACGACAUUGAGGAUUACAGAUCAGAGGACCAAUACUCAGAACACCCUCGUGUGGAGUCCGUUGUACUCCAACAUUCUCUCUCAGAAGAACACCCUCUCCAACGGUCCCUCUCAGAGGGCACAAGGAGGAACAGCGUGGAGGACCUGACUCUGUCGUUCGGCAGCGACCCUGGCGUUGUAACCCUGGGGUCGUUGUCCUUUGUCCAGCAGCAUGACACUCCUGACCUCCUCGUUGCCUCCUCCUUCUCCGCUCCUUCCUCUCUAACUGCUGAGCGUAACACAUCUUCCUCUUCAGCUCUCUCCUCUCUCCCUGCCCCGCCCCCUGCUACUGUGAGGUCAUCAGUAAGCACUGUCUCGGCCGCAACCCUUUUCUCCACUGCACAGCCAGUGAUUGGUGCAUCGCAUGCCGGCAUGCCCCAGGAGACACAUCCGCCAGCCAAUCAGCAGAUCAGUCCUCACCCAGUGAAGCCCCUGACCCCAGAGGAGAAGAGGCGAGCGGAACUUUCUGAGGGGCGUUCGGUGCUGGACAAACUCAAGUCCUCUAUCCACCCGGGGAGGAGCAGCCAGCCCACCGAGCAGCAGCCUGAGAAGAAAAAGUCUCUGACGGAGGGAGCUGGGCCUUACUACCACCUGACCCACAGUGAGCUGGUCGCCCUCCUCCUCCAACGGGAGGCAGACCUACACCGGCAGAGGGUGGAGUUUGACCACCAGAGGGCGUUGCUAGCGAAGCGGGAGGCGGAGUUGAAGAAGAUGAAGCCUCAGGUUAGGGAUCUAGAGGACUACAUAGACACGCUGCUGGUUCGCAUUAUGGAGCAGACUCCCACCAUCCUGCAGGUCGGCACCAAGCUCAAGUGACCGAGAGAGGGACUGAUGGAAUGUGGGUAACUAGCACCUAGGGUUGUGACAUUCCCAGGUUUUGUAGAAAUCCUGGUUGGAAGAUUCCCGGAAUCCGGAGGGAAUAAGCAGGGGAUCCAGGAAUACUCUAACUGGGAUUUCUGGGAAAACCUGAGAAUUUUGUUUGCCGCAAUUUUGCAACCCUGCUUGCACCUCGUUACUCUGACCCCCCCCCCCAUAACAACCUCUACUCUGACCCCCCCAUAACAACCUCUACUCUGACCGCCCCCAUAACAACACAACAACAAUAGCUGUCUUCUUUAUUAGUCUGUUCACUGCUGUGCUUCUGACAUAAUACUGUAGCUAGAAAACACAGCACUGACAAAGUGGAUGGUUUGGAAUUGACUUCACUUGUAUUGGAAGGUGCCCUACCUGGUUUUGAAGGGGUUUGGGUUGCGGUGGUGGGUUGUGGUUCGUAAGGUUAUGGUUUGGUAGAGGUCGUGGGGUUAAACAAGAGGGUCCUCAGGUUGUUUCAGGUAUACCCAGUUGGUAUUGAGCUAAGAGAUCAAACCCAGAUCACUCCGAUACUGAAUGACUUCCUCUUCAUCACCUAGGCUACAUCCAAAAUGGCACCCUAGAUUCUGUGUAGUGCACUACUUUUGAUCAGGGCCCAAAGGGAAACCCAUAUAGGGCUCUGGUCAAUAGUAGUGCACUAUAUAGGGAAUAGGGUGCCAUUUGGAAUGCAGACCCAGUCACUUCACAACCUAGACAUUUUGCCCUGCAGACAAGUGCACCUACCACAGUUGUCAAGCUACAAACCAAAUGAGAGAUAGGAACUAUCACUCAUGUGUUAUGGGCUGUGUCCCUAAAGUAGUGCACUAUGUAGGGAAUAGGCUGCCAUUUAGGAUGUAAAAAUGAUGUGCAAAUGAAUGGAAUGGGAAGUGGUUUUAGGUUCAAAAGUGUUCUUACAAAAACAAACAGAAUAAGUUUAAAUAGUUUGAUCUUUGAUGCGAAGUUCAGCUUGAUUAGCUUUUUCUUUCAUUUCUUACAAUAUGCUGCUUUUAACGUGGUGUAUUGCAGGCAGGCAGGCAGACAGACAGACAGACAGGCAGGCAGGCAGACAGACAGACAGGCAGGCAGGCAGGCAGGCAGGCAGGCAGGCAGGCAGGCAGGCAGGCAGGCAGGCAGGCAGACAGACAGACAGACAGACAGACAGACAGACAGACAGACAGACAGACACAGACAGACAGACAGACAGACAGACAGACAGACAGACAGACAGACAGACACACACACACACACACACACACACACACACACCAUUAAGAUAAGUACUGUAGGUCUCAAUGUUAGGCCUAUUACCCAGCUAGAUAAUGUACUGUUUCAGAUGAUACUACCAGGCUAAGAAAUUGAGUGUUGUGUAGUGCAGUGCAGAUAGACGUGCACAGAAUGUAUUGAUACGAUCAGGUUAAGUAUUGUACCUUUUCAGAUGUUCUGAUCGGGUUUUCCAGAAAUACAGGUUGGAUAAUUCCGGGAUUCGGAAUAAGUCGGAAAUCCAGAAUCCUCCAACAAGGACUUCUGGAAAAUAAAAAACAUGUCGGGAAACCCUUCAGAUGUAUUGUUAAUACCAGGCUAAGAACUGUCUGGGUGACACUGCUUCUCCAACACGCUUCUCCUUCCUUCCACUGUGCAUUAUUAAAUCAACACAAUUUAUUAUAGAGACAAAAUAAUGCUUAGAAACAUGAUUUCUUAUAGCAACAAAACAAUGCUUAGAAACAUACUGGUACUUGACUCCCCUCUGCCUGUCUCUCUGCCCCUGUAUGUACCCCCCCAUUCCCUGUGCUUGAGCUAAAGCAUGCGUACUACUACUAAUAACGCUGUCAGGUGUGUUACUAAAGGGAUAUAUAACGUAUCUACAGCUGUAUAUGCCAUAUUGAAAUGCCAAAUGCUGCCUUAUUGUUUUUCCUUAAUGCUCCAGUUCACAGUUUGGUUCCAGAAGAGCACUUCAUUUCACCUAAAGGAGAUUGGGACACAUGAAGAAAAAGACAAGCCAUUGUCCCGUUAUUCUGUCACAGGACACAACGCUUUGCUUUGUUGCAGUGUUAUUUAACAGGUUAUGAGCAGAAACCCCAUUGUGUUCAUACUAACAGGUUAUGAGCAGAACCCCCAUUGUGUGCAUACUAACAGGUUAUGAGCAGAAACCCCAUUGUGUGCAUACCAACAGGUUAUGAGCAGAACCCCCAUUGUGUGCAUACUAACAGGUUAUGAGCAGAACCCCCAUUGUGUGCAUACUAACAGGUUAUGAGCAGAACCCCCAUUGUGUGCAUACCAACAGGUUAUGAGCAGAAACCCCAUUGUGUGCAUACUAACAGGUUAUGAGCAGAAACGCCAUUGUGUGCAUACUAACAGGUUAUGAGCAGAACCCCCAUUGUGUGCAUACUAACAAGUUAUGAGCAGAAACCCCAUUGUGUGCAUACUAACAGGUUAUGAGAAGAAACCCCAUUGUGUGCAUACCAACAGGUUAUGAGCAGAAACCCCAUUGUGUGCAUACUAACAGGUUACGCGCAGAAACCCCAUUGUGUGCAUACUAACAGGUUAUGAGAAGAAACCCCAUUGUGUGCAUACCAACAGGUUAUGAGCAGAAACCCCAUUGUGUGCAUACUAACAGGUUAUGAGCAGAAACCUCAUUGUGUGCAUACUAACAGGUUAUGAGCAGAACCCCCAUUGUGUGCAUACUAACAGGUUAUGAGCAGAAACCCCAUUGUGUGCAUACCAACAGGUUAUGAGCAGAACCCCCAUUGUGUGCAUACUAACAGGUUAUGAGCAGAACCCCCAUUGUGUGCAUACUAACAGGUUAUGAGCAGAACCCCCAUUGUGUGCAUACUAACAGGUUAUGAGCAGAACCCCCAUUGUGUGCAUACUAACAGGUUAUGAGCAGAAACCCCAUUGUGUGCAUACGAACAGGUUAUGAGCAGAAACCCCAUUGUGUUCAUACUAACAGGUUAUGGGCAAAAACGCCAUUGUGUGCAUACCAACAGGUUAUGAGCAGAAACCCCAUUGUGUGCAUACUAACAGGUUAUGAGCAGAAACCCCAUUGUGUGCAUACUAACAGGUUAUGAGCAGAAACCCCAUUGUGUGCAUACCAACAGGUUAUGAGCAGAAACCCCAUUGUGUGCAUACCAACAGGUUAUGAGCAGAAACCCCAUUGUGUGCAUACUAACAGGUUACGCGCAGAAACCCCAUUGUGUGCAUACUAACAGGUUACGCGCAGAAACCCCAUUGUGUGCAUACCAACAGGUUAUGAGCAGAAACCCCAUUGUGUGCAUACCAACAGGUUAUGAGCAGAAACCCCAUUGUGUGCAUACUAACAGGUUAUGAGCAGAAACCCCAUUGUGUGCAUACUAACAGGUUACGCGCAGAAACCCCAUUGUGUGCAUACUAACAGGUUACGCGCAGAAACCCCAUUGUGUGCAUACUAACAGGUUAUGAGAAGAAACCCCAUUGUGUGCAUACUAACAGGUUACGCGCAGAAACCCCAUUGUGUGCAUACUAACAGGUUAUGGGCAGAAACCCCAUUGUGUGCAUACUAACAGGUUAUGAGCAGAAACCCCAUUGUGUGCAUACUAACAGGUUAUGAGCAGAAACCCCAUUGUGUGCAUACUAAGAGGUUAUGAGCAGAAACCCCAUUGUGUGCAUACUAACAGGUUAUGAGCAGAAACCCCAUUGUGUGCAUACUAACAGGUUAUGAGCAGAAACCCCAUUGUGUGCAUACUAAGAGGUUAUGAGCAGAAACCCCAUUGUGUUCAUACUAACAGGUUAUGAGCAGAAACCCCAUUGUGUGCAUACUAACAGGUUAUGAGCAGAAACCCCAUUGUGUGCAUACUAACAGGUUACGAGCAGAAACCCCAUUGUGUGCAUACUAAGAGGUUAUGAGCAGAUGAUGAUUACCUGUGGAAUGCCAAAAAGCCAAACCUUGAACCCUAAUGAACAUAUGGAGGUUUGAUUCACUGUAGUUAUUGAAUUAUGAAGCCACUGUUGCUACAUGGGUUCCAGUCUGUUGAGCUGUCAUUCCCUUUCCUUGUCAUAGUGGAAUGUCAGCACAAACGGACUGGAUUUCUCCAGGCUAAACUGUUACAGCAUUUCUAGAUGUUUUUGCACUACCCUCCUCUUCAGAAGCGUAGAAAUAGAAUGGUCAGAACAUACAGAGCCUUAAGAACGUAUUCAACCUUCGAUCUUGAUUUGGUAAGUGUUGAACCCCCCGAGUCAAUACAUGUUAGAAUCACCUUUGGCAUUACAGCUGGGAGUCUUUGAGUCUCUAAAAGCUUUUCACACCUGGAUUGCCAUAGAUUUCCAAGCUGAUUUAAGUAAAAGGUUUAACUAGGCCACUCAGGAACCUUCAGUGUCGUCUUGGUAAGCAACUCUUGUAGAUUUGGCCUUGUGUUUUAGGUUAUUGUCCUGCUGAAAGGUGAAUUAAUCCCCCAGUGUCUGUUGGAAAGCAGACUGAACCAGGUUUUCCUCUAAGAUUUUGCCUGUUUUAGCUCUAUUCUGUACAUUUUUAUCAUGAAAAACUCCCCAGUCCUUAUCGAUGACAAGCAUACCCAUAACAUGAUGCGGACACCACCAUGCUUGAAAAUAUAAAGAGUGGUACUCAGUGAUGUGUGGGAUUUGCCCCAAACACUUUAUAUUCAGAACAAAAUGUUUGUUUCUUUACCAAUUUGUUUGCAGUAUUACUUUAGUGCCUCAUUGCAAACAGGAUGCAUGUUUUGAAAUAUGUUCUAUUCUCUACACGCUUCCUAUUAUUCACUCUGUCAGUUAGGUAUUGUGGAGUAACCACACUUGUUGAUCCAUCCUCAGUUUUCUCCUAUCACAAUCAUUAAACUCUUUUAAAAUCACAUUGGCCACAUGGUGAAAUCACUGAGCGGUUUCCUGAAUAGGAAAACCUCCCUGGUCUUUGUGGUUGGAAAACCUCCCUGGUCUUUGUGGUUGUAUCUGUGUUUGAAAUUCACUUCAUUUAACUUUAUUUAACUAGGCAAGUCAGUUAAUUAAGAACAGAUUCUUAUUUACAAUGACGGCCUAGGAACAGUGGGUUAACUGCCUUGUUCAAGGGCAGAAUAACAGAUUUUUACCUUGUCAGCUCGGGGAUUUGAUCUUGCAACCUUUCGGUUACCAGUCCAACGCUCUAACCACGAGGCCUCCUGCCGCCCCUACCUUACAGGUAAUUGUAUGUGUGGAGUACAGAGAUGAGGUAGUCAUUCAACCAUCAUGUUAAAAACAUACUGCACACGGAGUCCAUGCAACUUAUAAUGUGACUUGUUAAAAGCACAUUUUUACUUCUGAGCUUAUUUAGGCUUGCCUUAACAAAGGGGUUGAAUACUUAUUGACUCAAGACAUUUCAGCUUUAAAUGUGAUGUUAAAUUGUUUAACAAAAAUCUACAAACAGAAUUCCACUUGGACUUAACGGGGUAUUGUGUGUGUAGAUCAGUGACACAAACAUCUCAAUUCAUCCAUUUUAAAUUCAGACUGUAACAACGAAAUUUGAAAAAUGUCAAGGGGGUUGAAUACUUUCUGAAGGCCCUGUAUUAAUGGGUCGUCUUCCUUCCCUCUGCCUCACUGGGCUUCUUCUUCUUGACACCUCAAGAAGUUGUUUAGCCAAAAAAAAAGGUUUUAUCCGGUUUAAAGCACAUUGAUUCUGAAAUAGUAUAAUAAUGCCUCAUCUCAAGUUCUGCUUUAUGAAUGCAGGGUCUACACUAUUCCCUAGUGCACUACUUUUGGCCUGAGCCCUGUAGGCCCUGGCCAAAAGUAGUGCACUAUAUUUUAGGGUGCCAUUUUAGCUGCAGACAUCUAAACUGCUAAUGUUUCGUCUUCCUCCUUGUCUUCCGUUUUAAAGUCAAUUUCAGUUCAACUGAUUGUGUCUGUUUUAGCUGGUGGAAUGUGCAUAAGUUAGUCAAAGAUUGGAAAAGUUUACAAUUCGUGGUACAAUUGUUUCACAAAUUUUAUAUAUUUAAUAAAAUGAUUUUGUGUUUCUUGCUCACUA